AUGGAUGGGGUAGUUGGAGGAGUGGCCACCCCUGUCAGCGCAGCAGGGUCCACAGGGGACACCCUCCCUCGGAAAAAUGGGGAGUCAAAGCGGCGCAGUAAGGGCAGCCUGCCCUCCCCAGGCUACCGCCUGUCCCAGGCCUCUCUCGAGGGGGACAAGGACAGCACCUCUUCAGGCGGGCGCGGGCGGCGCUUGUCAAUCAUGAGCUCCUCUACAAGAGAUGGAUUGGCUUUCCGCUCAGCAGGUACCCCCCACCACCCAGCGCCCCUGCCCCCACCUCCCUCCUCCUCACACCCCCCUCCUCGAUCUGUGGGAUUUGCCUCCAGAGCUGCCCUGGCCUCCACCUCCUCCACCGGGACAGGGGUCAUGGUGGUGGCCACCGGCCCAGAGACCACCACUACCACAGCCUGCAACACCACGGUGGGAACCCCAGAGACGAUGGGCCCGUCUGGGCUGGGGUUCCCGGGCUUUGGCAUGGGCCUGGACGGAGAGGACUACAGCAACUCCAACCAGAGCACCUUCAUUCAGAGGCAGUUUGGAGCCAUGCUGCUGCCCGGGGUCAACAAAUUCAGCCUGCGAAUGUUUGGCUCCCACAAGGCCGUGGCAAUGGAGCAGGAGAGACUCAAGUCUGCAGGCUCCUGGAUCAUUCACCCAUACAGCGAUUUCAGGUUUUACUGGGAUCUUCUGAUGUUGCUCCUGAUGAUGGGAAACCUCAUCAUUCUCCCGGUGGGCAUCACGUUUUUCAGAGAUGAGAACACUCCGUCAUGGAUCAUCUUUAACGUGGUUUCGGACACGCUCUUCAUGGUCGACCUGGUGUUGAAUUUUCGAACAGGCAUCGUGAAGGAGGACAGCACCGAGAUUCUGUUGGACCCCAGGGCUAUCCGUCUGAAUUACCUGAAGAGCUGGUUCUUGGUGGACUUUGUCUCCUCCAUCCCGGUGGACUACAUCUUCCUGAUGGUGGACAGUCUGGACUCAGAGGUGUACAGAACAGCCAGGGCCCUGCGCAUCGUUCGCUUCACAAAGAUCCUGAGCCUCCUGCGUCUGCUGCGCCUCUCCAGACUCAUACGCUACAUCCACCAGUGGGAGGAGAUCUUCCACAUGACCUAUGACUUGGCCAGUGCCAUGGUGAGGAUAGUGAACCUCAUCGGGAUGAUGCUGCUCCUGUGCCACUGGGACGGCUGUCUGCAGUUCCUGGUUCCCAUGCUGCAGGAGUUCCCCCCAGACUGUUGGGUCUCCAAGAAUCUCAUGGUGAACGACACGUGGGGGGUCCAGUAUUCCUAUGCCCUGUUCAAAGCCAUGAGCCACAUGCUGUGUAUUGGCUAUGGGGCCCAGGCUCCAGAGGGGAUGACUGAUGUGUGGCUCACUAUGCUCAGUAUGAUCGUGGGCGCCACCUGCUACGCCAUGUUCAUCGGACACGCCACUGCGCUCAUACAGUCCCUUGACUCCUCUCGCCGACAGUACCAGGAAAAGUACAAGCAGGUAGAGCAGUACAUGUCAUUCCACAAGCUCCCUGCUGAUGUCCGUCAGAAAAUCCAUGAGUACUACGAGCAUCGAUUCCAGGGAAAAAUGUUCGAUGAAGAGAACAUCCUGGGAGAACUCAGUGAGCCACUGAAGGAGGAGAUAGUGAGCUUUAACUGCCGCAGUCUGGUGGCAAACAUGCCCCUGUUCGCCAAUGCCGAUCCCAACUUUGUGACCGCUGUGCUGACCAAGCUGCGCUUCGAGGUGUUUCAGCCUGCAGACUUCAUCAUUCGUGAGGGAACUGUGGGUCGCAAGAUGUACUUCAUCCAACAUGGCCGCGUCAGUGUGCUGACCCGAGGAAACAAGGAAACCAAACUGAGCGAUGGCUCAUAUUUUGGAGAGAUCUGCUUGUUGACUCGUGGGAGGAGAACAGCCAGUGUGCGAGCAGACACAUAUUGCCGCCUGUACUCUCUGAGUGUGGACAGUUUUAACGAGGUGCUGGAAGAACAUCCCAUGAUGAGGCGCGCCUUUGAAACUGUAGCUGUCGACCGUCUGGACAGAAUCGGGAGAAAGAACUCUGUGCUCCUGCGUAAGUCCUCCCAGGGCGGCUCACUAGGGGGCAGUAUGGGCCGUGGUGGUGGUCGAGGCGGAGGUCCGGCCGGGGGGCUGGCAGCAGGUGGACUUGGAUCUUCGGACAGCAUUCUGGUGCAGCAGAUCGUUAAACAUGACAGCAUGCCGGCCAUGCAGGACGCCAUCGCUGCUGCAGCAGCCGGGCGCGGGGGUGUGAUCGGAGGCAGUGGCACUGUGUCCCCUCGGCCCCGCCCUGUGAUCUGGGCCCCUCUGGUGCAUGCACCGCUGCAGACCGCUGCCGCCACCAGUAAUGUGGCCAUCGCCCUCAUGCAUCAACAGCAGCAGCAACAGCAGCAGCUGCAGCAGCUCCAACAACAGCACGCACUCAGUGCAGGCUUCUUUCUGCCCUCCCCUCUCAUCUCCCCCUCCCCUUCGGGCUCCUUCCCCCUGUCCCCCCCGCGGGGCCCUGUGCUGCAGCCGCUGCGCCCUUCUGUCAGCUCCCUGAUUGGGAUGAUGGCGAUGAGCGGGAUGGGCGGCAUAUCCCCGAGAGGGGGCUUUCCAAUGUCUCCACCCACCAUGAUACCUCCUGGAGGGGUCACAUCACCUCCCAUCACCAAAACGCCCACUACUGCCACCUCUGUGCCAACUCCAGUGCAGCAAGGACGCCCUCUCCCUUACAGCAUCCGUAUGCCCGCUGAUCCUUCUCUGAUUGGUGCAGCACCAGGAACUCCUCCAGCGACAGGACCCCCAACCCCACCCAUCCCUAAAAUACCAACCACUAGCCCGAAUGCUGCUCCUGUUGCACCCCCUGAAGCACAGACCUCAGUGAGCCAGCAGGGGGCCAAAGAAGCUCUCCUCCGUCAUGGAGGGAACAACUGCCAGGGUCUUCCAGCUCUGGGUCGACUCACCCAGGAGGCCAGGCUGCUGUCAGCCUCUCAGCCCACUCUGCCUCACCGCUCCUGGGCUGCGGUGCAGCCACACCCCCCUUUGCACCGGAAGGCUUCUGGGGGUAACCUGCUGUCUGCACAGUUCCUGGCGGGGCAGUUGGCCAGAGGGGGUAGUGCAGGUAUUCUGACAUCAAAUGCUCCGGUUCAGCAGGUGACAAGUCUGCCUUUCACUUCAGUCCAAGCACAGGCCUCAGCAGCCCUCACUGCCUCUGUGAGCAUGGGCCCAAACACGGCACAAUGUGGGCCAUACGCUCCGACGCCCUCUGCUGGUCAGAUCUCUACUGCAGCGCCUCUGUCGGCCUCCUCCUCUCCUAAACAGCAGACCCCUCUGUCCUCUUCCACCCCCUCACCUGCCACCCCCUCUUCCCCCACUCCCAUACUGGCCCAAAUGGUGCGCCCCAAGCCCAUGUCCAUGCCCUCCUCUGGCUCCCCCUCUCCUCCUCCCUGCUCCACACCGCCCUCUGCUGGCACCAGCCCUUUGUCCCUCAGCUCCACCCCACGCCCCAAACCCCUGUCUUCCUCCUCCCCCUGCUCCUCCUCCCCUUCACCCUGCUCCACCCCUCCUCCGUCUUCCAGCUCCACUCCUGUCCCUCUCCCUCAGACAUACGGCCCUAAAUCCUCCCUCACCUCUUCCUCUCCACCAUCGUCUGUACUCUCUUCCUCCCCUCCUCAUCCUCAGAGCCCCAGAGCCAAAGCAUCAAACACUCCCCCUUCUGCGUCUCCCCUUCUUAGUCCGGUCCCUUCUCCAAUGUCUUCCCCCAUUCCCACUCCAACUUCCAGAACUCGCUCGUCAGUCCCCUCCCAAACCCAAACACUCUCUUCUGUAGUUUCACAAAGUUUUUCCCCAACUUCGUCUGCUUCUACGUCAACGCCAGUGACAAAGCCCCAAAGUCCAUCCACCUGCCUGCAACCUGCUGCAAGAGGUCACAACUCAAGUCCAAAACAAGUUCUGACCCAAACUCAGACAAUACCACCUAGUUCGACUUCUCCAACUAGAGUAACCUUCUCCGUCCAUCCAGUCAAACAAACGUCUCCUGUGCUUUCACCUAUUCCCAAACCAAGCACCUGUCCAAAUCCCUCUCCGUCGCCCCCAAGUGUCACAAAACAUAGCACUACAACUCUUCCCUCAAAACUCAACCCCCCCGCAGCUUCUACCCAAACUCCCCAAACAUCUCCGACGAUUACGCAUUCAGGACAUGCGACCGCCGCCCCCGCCAACAGCACCUCUCCGAAAGGCGGAAAAAAAGACUCUGAUCUGGCACUAAGCAGAAGAGACUCAGAGGGACUAAGGCAUAAACUACCAGCCAACAUGUGA